AUGCAUGUGAAUCAAGAUCCCUUAUUGAAAAUGUUUCCAGAACAGAUACCUUAUGAACAAUUUCAAAACUUGAGAGUUUUUGGGAGUGGCGGAUAUUCUACUGUAAUUUCGGCAAUUUGGAAAGAUGGUCCACGAGUAAGAUGUGAUAAAUCUAAAAAGUGGAUCAGACGGGGACCUACUCAUGUUGCUUUGAAAAGAUUAAGGAGAGUAAACAAUUAUUUUGUUCGUGUAAGAAAUGAGGCUGCAAUACACCUUUCGAUUGCAAGGUCGCGUUAUAUUAUUGAUUUUUAUGGUAUUUCGAGUGAUCCAACAUCCAGAGAUUUUAUUUUUGUAAUGCAGUUUGCUCAAAAAGGCAGUUUGCAUGAUUUCUUGGAAGCCAACUUUAACCAGAUUCAAUGGAAUGAUAAAUUAAAAAUAUUAUUUGGAAUAAUCAGUGGACUGAGAAAAUUACAUGAAAAUAAUUUUAUUCAUUGUGACUUACACAGCGGAAACAUCUUAAUUGACCAAAAUGGACGCGCUUUGUUAACAGAUUUUGGAUUAACUAUAAAAAAUGAACCACCUUACAAUGACUUAAAUUCAUUGCAAACUCUCUAUGGCGUAAUGAGUAGUUUAGCACCUGAAACAUUACGUACUGGCAGACGAUCAAAGGCAGCAGAUAUUUACAGCAUAGGAAUGCUAAUGUGGGAAUUAUCAUCGGGCAAACGCCCAUUCGCAAGUGUUCCACAUGACUAUGAAUUGAUAUUCAGUAUUUGCAAUGAAGUGCGCCCAUGUCGUCCUAGCAUAAUUGAAGGAACACCCAGAGUUUAUGUCGAUUUGAUGUCUCGCUGCUGGGAAGUUGAUCCUGAAAAUCGUCCAGAUACAAAAUCAGUUUACGAGUCAAUAAAUGAAUACUUUUCAAAUCGGUCAUCAAUAAUAGGUGUACUAACGUCAAAUAUAAGUAAUUUCUCGACUUCAAGAGAUUCGCAUUUGGCUUUAUCGAUGAAUGAAACUAUUCGAGUUUUUAAACAACAGAUUUCGUCGGCAGUGUUAACGCUAAAUGUGCUCAAUGGAUGA